AUGAUGUUGUUAAACGAAGUACAGCUAGAAGGUGCAGGCAGCGGGGGUGGUGCUGUGAUUCUCGGUGACGAUUCUUCUGAUGCAGUCAACGAAGAAGAUCUGGAAGAUCUCGCGGCACAGUUUCAAGGGGCCAUGGAAGAUGAUUUUCGAGAACUGGAGGAUGCAGGCAAUCAAAACAAAGUUGUCCCAGGUGACGAGGUACAAGAGACGAAUAAUGGCCGGAUGCGGCUGACGGACCAAGAACGGGAGUGGGCCAUCAACAUCAAGAUGGCAGCGGAACGGCAGCCGGAUUUAGAUAACAUGUCAGACUUUUGGUAUGCCCAGAUUGCCCUAUAUGAUCAGGACAACGUGGAAGCCGCCUUGCACAGGAUUCAUAACAUGCAGACCUUUUUCAGAGAGCACAAGGUUGUGGACAAUUGGAACAAUGGAGAGAGACAUAUACGUGAAUGCAUGAACGCGUUUCCUGGCUUUUUCCUUGCCUUCAGCUAUAGUCCAUCGGGUGGCAACUACUCACUUGUUUUGGACUGCAUCAAGUGCAACAAAACAGUCUCCAACAGAUUCGACCAAGCCAUUGGAUCCCUGAUUCGCUCUUUUUACUUUUUGUUCAAUGCAGCGAGCCCAGAUUUUGAAUCUCAACGAAAUGGACUGUACUGCAUCACAGAAUGCAAAGAUUUUGAUUGGACCAAGACAUUUGGCCUUUCCGAAGUGCGCCGACUGUGGGAAGAACUUGGUCUUGUGUAUCCCAUCAUUUAUGAUAAACUCGAACACGUGCAUCCAACCAUAGAGGUGACUCUACUCUGGUCUCUGACAAAGAGGUUUUUGAAAAGGGAGAUCCACAAAAAGUUUGCUUUUACCAGUUGCAGUGAGGUUGCUCGUCUGGAUCAAAUAUAUUUGGUUCCAACCAUGGAAGCUGCUAAUGAAAGAUUUCUGGAAAGUGUCAAAGAGGCGUUGCUCCGGCGGUGUGAAAAUGAGGCAAACUUUGCCCUCUAA